AAUCAUCUAAAAUUUAAAUACGAUAUAUUGGUUAGGUAUAGUUAGUUUCGAAGUAGCAGCAUAUGAGAACGCCGAAUUAAUGUAAACAAAACUAUUGCACAAUAAUUAGUAAUCUAAAUAUAAUCGAUAAAUCAAAUUGAAAACAAAUCUAUGGUACUUGGCCACUCGACUUUUAUCUGACCUUCACCAUAAUAUAAAAAGCGAUAAUUCGUACUUGUGACUAAAUUUUACCCUAACGCUAGUAUGGCAGCAAAAAUAUACUUAACACUACCUUGUGGUCAAAAAAUGCCCGGACUCGGACUAGGGACCUUUGAUACAAAUGAAGAAACCGAAGCUGCUGUCAAUACAGCUCUAGAACUUGGUUAUCGUCACAUAGACACUGCUUUCGUCUACGACAGCGAAAACGGCAUUGGACGUGCGCUAAACCAAUGGAUAUCUUCCGGAAAAGUGAAAAGAGAAGAUUUAUUCAUUACAACCAAACUUCCAAUGGUUGGAGUCCAUCCAGAUCGUGUAGAGAUGUUCAUGAAAAAAUCACUAGAAAGUCUGCAGCUAGAUUAUGUAGAUUUGUAUUUAAUCCAUUUCCCCGUUGGUUGCAAACUUAAAGAAGGAACUGGAUGGCCUUAUCUUGAAGAAAACGGUGAAACUGCAGUCGAAGGAAAAACAGACCAUGUGGCUCUUUGGAAGAAAAUGGAAGAGCAAGUUGAUGCCGGACGUACCAAGAAUAUAGGUUUGUCAAACUACAACAUCUCCCAAAUCACCACAGUUCUCAAAUCCGCAAGGAUCAAACCAGCCUGUUUACAAGUAGAACUUAACGUAUAUCUACAACAACGCGAACUCGUAGAUUUUUGCAAAAAGAAUGGAAUUGCAAAUGUUGCCUAUUUUCCUUUAGUUAAUCCAAGUUACAAUAAUUUCCUAACGCGAAUAGGACAAGAACCCAAACAAAUGCCCAAUCUCUUGGGCGAUCCAGAAGUUGUCAAAAUUGCUCAAAAACACUCAAAAUCGCCAGCACAGAUCGUUUUGAGGUUUCUUGUACAAAUAGGUGUAGCACCGAUACCAAAAAGUGUAAUACGGCAACAACUUGUAGAGAAUAUUAGUAUUUUUGAUUUUAAUUUGGACGAGGGUGAUAUGAAGAUUUUGCGCGGACUAGAUAAGGGAGAACCAGCACGAAUGGCCAGAUUUGAAAUAUUUAAAGGGGUUGAUAAACACCCAGAUUAUCCUUUUCCAGAAGAGUGAAACUGCAAGGUAAAACUCAUCAAGAUGACUAAUAAUUAUAAAUACGUUGUUAUAUUAAUUGUCGUGAUGGCAUUGAAUAUAUCGCUUUUGCAAA